AUGCUUCAUCCAAUUGGCAAACCUGAAGUGAUUCAGCCAUACUCGAUUAAAAAUCUACCUCCAUUGAUAAUUGGAGGAGCUGUGUUUAAUUAUCAAUACACUUCUGACCCCCAUUCCCUUCCUGUACAAGAAUUAAUCGAAAGGGCUUUCCAACUAGGUUUAAAUGCCCUUGACACUUCACCGUAUUAUGGGCCAUCUGAGGAGAUUAUUGGCGAAGCCUUGCAAAGAAUUUCAUUUUCUCGAGACCAAUAUUACGUUUGCACCAAGGCUGGUCGGGUCAAAUUGGACGAAUUUGAUUACAGCCGAUCUAGUGUUCGCCAGUCCGUAAAGAGAUCCUUAAAACGUUUGGGGACUUCCUACAUUGAUUUGGUUUAUAUGCAUGAUAUCGAAUUUGUUGAUCCGGAUCAGGUCAUGGACGCAUUAAGAGAAUUACAUUUGCUUAAAUGUGAAGGGCUUAUUAAGAAUUUCGGGAUUUCGGGCUAUCCAGUGAAAUUUUUAUACGAAAUUGCUCUUAGAUGUAAAAACGAGAUUGCUCCGUUAGAUGCGGUAUUGUCAUACUGUAACGGAUGCAUCCAAAAUACAUUAUUGUUUGAAUAUCACGAUAAACUCUUACAAGACUGUGAUGUCCAGAUAGUUUUAAAUGGAUCAAUUCUUUCAAUGUCGAUGUUGAGAUCAGAUAUAACACAUUCAUUCCAUCCUGCGUCUCAAGCAUUAAAACAACGAGUUGCUGACAUUGCUCAAAAAUUGAAAGAAGAAAACGUUGAAUUAGCUGACUUGGCUACUCGAUUCGCCAUAAAAGAAUGGUUGUUCAAAUAUAAAUCUGGUAUAGUUUUAGGAGUCUCGAACUUACACGAGUUGGAGUCAGCAGUACAAUGUUACUGGGAUGUAAAGAGUGGAGUUUUCAACGACGAAAAGUUGGUAGAGCAAGUACAGACAUCAUUAGCUGAACAUUUGAAUGAAACAUGGUCUAGUGGCAAGCAUUGA